UCGCAGAGAUAUAACAAUCAUAACAUCAAACGACUAAGCAAAACAUAUCACAUAAUAUGGCAUUUAAAGGCUAUUUCGUUUUGGGCCUCAUAGCUCUUGUUGUCGUUGGCACUUCCAAAGUUACAUGCGAAAUAGAAGCAGAUAAAGUUUCACCUAUUAUUGACUUUUCCCUCAAUCGGAACAGUUUCCCUGAAGGCUUCAUCUUUGGGGCGGCAUCAUCCUCCUACCAGUUCGAAGGUGCAGCAAAGGAAGGUGGUAGAGGACCAAGUGUAUGGGAUACCUUCACCCAUAAAUAUCCAGAUAAGAUCAAGGAUGGAAGUAACGGUGACGUAGCGAUUGACUCCUACCACCACUACAAGGAAGAUGUUGCGAUCAUGAAGGAUAUGAAUUUGGAUUCAUAUAGAUUGUCCAUAUCUUGGUCAAGGAUUCUCCCUGAAGGAAAGCUAAGUGGAGGUAUAAAUCAAGAAGGAAUCAACUAUUACAACAACCUUAUCAAUGAGCUAGUGGCUAAUGGUAUACAACCACUUGUCACUCUUUUUCACUGGGAUCUUCCCCAAGCAUUAGAAGAGGAAUAUGGUGGCUUUUUAAGUCCACGCAUAGUGAAAGAUUUUGGAGAUUAUGCGGAACUCUGCUUCAAGGAAUUUGGUGAUAGGGUGAAGUAUUGGAUUACUCUGAAUGAGCCAUGGAGUUAUAGUAUGCAUGGUUAUGCAAAGGGGGGAAUGGCACCAGGUCGUUGUUCUGCAUGGAUGAAUUUGAAUUGCACUGGUGGUGAUUCUGCAACAGAGCCUUAUUUGGUUGCACAUCAUCAACUUCUUGCUCAUGCAGUAGCUAUUCGUGUGUACAAGACGAAGUAUCAGGCAUCUCAAAAGGGUUCAAUUGGCAUAACCUUGAUAGCUAAUUGGUAUAUACCGCUCAGAGAUACCAAAUCUGAUCAAGAGGCUGCUGAAAGAGCAAUUGACUUCAUGUAUGGAUGGUUUAUGGAUCCAUUAACGUCCGGAGACUAUCCAAAAAGUAUGCGAUCUCUAGUGAGAAAAAGAUUACCAAAAUUUACUACAGAGCAAACCAAACUACUUAUUGGUUCAUUUGAUUUUAUUGGCCUAAACUAUUACUCAUCAACAUAUGUCUCUGAUGCACCUCUGCUAAGCAAUGCUAGACCUAAUUACAUGACAGAUUCUCUUACCACUCCUGCAUUUGAACGCGAUGGAAAACCUAUAGGUAUAAAGAUUGCUUCUGAUUUGAUAUAUGUUACUCCAAGAGGAAUUCGUGACCUUUUAUUAUAUACCAAGGAAAAGUACAAUAAUCCAUUGAUUUACAUCACUGAAAAUGGUAUAAAUGAGUAUAAUGAACCAACAUAUUCACUUGAGGAAUCUCUUAUGGAUAUUUUUAGAAUUGAUUAUCAUUAUCGUCAUCUCUUUUAUCUUCGAUCUGCUAUUAGGAAUGGCGCAAAUGUAAAGGGAUAUCAUGUAUGGUCUUUGUUCGAUAAUUUUGAGUGGUCUUCAGGUUAUACAGUACGGUUCGGAAUGAUCUAUGUAGAUUACAAAAAUGAUAUGAAGAGAUACAAAAAACUCUCUGCAUUGUGGUUCAAGAAUUUUCUGAAGAAAGAAUCUAGACUUUAUGGGACUAGCAAAUAAUGUUAUGAAAUUUGUUUAUACAAUAAUUAUAUUUCCAAAUUUUUACUAUUUGAUUUGUAUUUGAUUAUUUUUUUUAUUCUAAAGAGGUCCUAUUGGACUUAGAGGGAAAAUAGAGAUGUAGAUCUAUCGAUAAUUGAAACGAUUUUUUUAUGUUAUAAUUGAAACUAUUGUUACAUUAAGGAUGAAAGAAAUUUAUUGUUAUGA